AUGACGUGGUACACACUUAUUUGUGAGUCUUGUCCUCUCGCGUGUCUCUGUGUCCUGACUUGGUCUGGAACAACGUUUGCUGAUGAACACGGACCAAGCGUCAUCACUGUGGCCGUGGAAGAAGGAAGUGACGCCAUCUUACCCUGUUCCCUCAGCACCAAGGAGAACAUUGAGAAAAUGGUCUUUGACUGGAAGAAAGACGGUGACAAGGAGGUUUUCCUGUACGAUGCUGGCCAUCAUUACAACAAGGGCCGCACGGGUCAAGAUGAACAGUUCAAUGGACGAGUUUUUCACUUUGAAGAUGAACUGAAGUACGGCAACGCCUCCAUUAAGAUCCACAACACAAAGAUGGCUGACAAUGGAAGUUACACCUGUGCUUUCCCAAGAAAACAAGUUUCCCACCUUCGACUUGUUGUAGAUCCUGACCCAGAGCGCUUUAUCUUAACCUCUUAUGGCUCAUUACAGUCAUGUGCAUUUCCACCUGUUUAUACACUCAUCUUCAAUGUUCUCCUGUUCAGAGAUGAUGAAGAACUGAUGCAUGUCCUCAGCAUCACUGCAAAGGAAACACUGUGGUCUCUUAUGUUGUGUUAGUCUUAUUUCUACCCCAAACAUAGAUGGAUGUGUUAAGGAUCACACAUAGAAUAAAGUAAAAAUGUCUUGUU